UUCCUCCUCCUUAUGACAGACGACACGGAGCUGAAGGGAGAAACGGAAACCUAAAAGCACAGACAGAGAGACCGGUCGUUGUUCCAGUCAUCGGAGCAGCUCCGAAAAUCAUCUUCUCCUUCUGUCAAGUCCCAGCCGUGAAACCAAUUCUUUGACUCAGGGUUACAGAGACAAUGCCUCCUCAGAAGUUUGAAACUGGGCACCAAGACACUGUCCACGACGUGGCCAUGGAUUACUAUGGCAAGCAAAUUGCCACAUCGUCAUCAGACCACACCAUUAAGAUCGUCGGAGUGAGCAACUCCGGGUCUCAGCAUCUUGCCACUCUGACUGGUCACCAAGGGCCUGUCUGGGAAGUAGCUUGGGCUCACCCUAAAUUUGGGUCUCUCCUUGCUUCUUGCUCGUAUGAUGGGCGGGUCAUUAUCUGGAAGGAAGGCAAUCAGAAUGAGUGGACCCAAUACUAUGUCUUCGAUGAUCACAAAUCAUCUGUCAACUCAGUUGCUUGGGCUCCUCAUGAACUGGGUCUAUGCUUGGCAUGUGGGUCAUCGGAUGGAAAUAUAUCUGUUUUGACUGCAAGGCCUGAUGGCGGUUGGGACACAUCAAGAAUAGAGCAGGCACAUCCUGUGGGUGUGACUUCCGUCUCGUGGGCUCCAUCAACAGCCCCAGGUGCCCUUGUUCGUCCAGGCCUACUAGAGCCAGUUCAGAAGCUUUGCUCAGGUGGCUGCGAUAACACUGUGAAGGUGUGGAAACUGUCUAACGGGAUAUGGAAAAUGGACUGCUUUCCAGCACUCCACCUGCACACCGACUGGGUCAGAGAUGUUGCUUGGGCACCAAACUUGGGCCUUCCCAAGUCCACCAUCGCCAGUGCCUCAGAGGACGGGAGGGUCAUCAUAUGGACUGUAGCUAAGGAAGGCGACCAGUGGGAAGGAAAGGUGUUACAUGACUUCAAGACUCCUGUUUGGAGGGUCUCGUGGUCAUUGACAGGGAACAUUCUUGCCGUGGCCGAUGGGAACAAUAACGUGACCUUAUGGAAUGAAGCUGUUGAUGGGGAAUGGCAGCAGGUCUCUACGGUGGAUCUUUAAAUCCGAAUCUGAGUUCGCAUCUGGUCUCGGAGAAUCUAGAACUGCGAGAUGUUUCUUCGCGUCACAUUGGGUUGUGAAACUUUAACCGUGCAUACUGACGGCUAUGGUGAAACACAGUGAGUUUUUUGUACAAAGACAAUUCCGACAGGGGUUACUCUCUGAUCUUAUGGAUACCUAAUAUACUGCAGUAUCUUUGGUAGUCAUCUUUGGAUGUUGAUCUGCU